AAAAGCGGUGCUUAAAGAGGAGGUAGAAGAACCGGUGCUUGUGGGACACGUGUUGGAUCUUAGUCGAAUUGGCUCGAUCCUCUCCCUCUCGUCUUUGUCGAAUUGGCUUGAUCGCCUGGUUCGAUCGGUACAAAAUCUAGCCCAAGGUCAAGAACUCCUUCUCCGACAUGUUCCGCUGCUACAGAGACGUCAUGAAGAUGUUCAUUUCGUCGGCCCUCUGCAGCUCGUCUCCUAUCCUUCGAUCCAGCUGAUGAAUAGAAAACCCUAAUUUAUACAACCUCAGAAGCAUCUCAGAGGAAAACAUAACAACGAUGGGGAGUAAGGUGGAGAGAGGUAGCGUAAGCACGAAGACACGCAAAGAAAUCGACGAACACGAGAUCGAUCUUCCACCAGAGUCUCUAGCGACAAGUAUUGCUGAUGGAACAGUGCAAAAUGUUGUCAAAGACACAGUCGAGCCAGUUACAAUCAAUAAAUCGACCAGGAAAAAAGGAGAGAAAGGCAAGCACCAGCAGAAUGAUCAAGUUAGUGAGGAAAUGUUGAAACUCCGAGCUGCUCUACAAGGAAAGUUAGGAAGCAAUGGAGUUUUUGGUUCUACUGUUUCCAAGUCUCAUAAAGCUCAAAAACGCCAGAAACGUAGAAAGAUUGAGCUCAAAGUUUUGGCUGGGGCUGGUGUGAAAUCAGAGGAAGAUGGUAGGAAUGAAACUGAGGUAUUUGAAUCAGAAGAUGAGUUUUACAAACAAGUGAAGCAGAAAAAAGAAGCUAAACGAGCUGCCAAAGCAGAGAUCUAUUCAAGGGAACCAUCAUCCAACUUGUUAUUAUUACCAGAAAGUGUGCAAGGAAAACGUUUGAUUUCAAAAGAGAUUUUGAGUAACAGAGGAUUGACUCGACAUCGCAACAAGGACAAAAAGAACCCCAGAAAGAACUACAGGGACAAGUACACUGACAAAGUCAAGAGACGUGGAGGUCAAGUCAGAGAAAUCAGGAAACCUUCUGGUCCAUAUGGAGGAGAAGCCUUAGGUAUCAAUUCCAACAUAAGCCACAGCAUCCGAAUCAAGAAUUAGCCUCUUCUCCCUGUGCCAUCUUGUUCCUCUUCUUUGAAUCUUUUAUUGGAUACUCUACUUUGCGUUUCACUCUGAUUCAUUGCUUGUAAAAUUCGUUUACCUUUCAAGCAAGUUAAAGUGUUCAUCCAAUUUCAUAGAUUUUUUCUUUUUAAAUUUUCAAAUAUAUGAUUA